UUUACUGGAUGGGGGAAUCUGAGUCUAAUUAUACCGGCCGGGCACUUGAACAAGAAGCAGACAAAAUCUAGUCUUUCUUCUCUUUGCAGACAGUGAUUACAUUGGCUAUAGCGUAUUUGACUGGUUUACUGUUUACAAAGGAGCGCUCAGUUUUGUUGCGACCCAGUCCGGUGGGUUGGAAUGGGCUGGAAUUGAAAAAAAAAGAGAGAGAAAAGAAUGAAUAACACACUUGUUUGCCUGGACGGCUGUCCUUGCUAUGUGCCAUGAAUUUCUUCAAAAGCUUUUACCGACUUUCCUACUUUCCCUUUCUGAGGAACUCCGAGCGUAUCUGGACUCCGAUUCAUCCGUUCGGCGGCAGCGACGGUCAUCUGGGACUCAGCCAUGCCGGCAGCAAGAGGACGUACAGAUCUACAGCCCGCAGAGCCUCUCAACAUGAAUCAUUACGCCACUAAGAAGAGCGUGGCGGAGAGCAUGCUGGACGUGGCGCUGCUGAUGGCGAACGCCUCUCAGCUGAAAGCCGUCCUGGAGCAGGGCCCCGAGUUCAAGUACCACCUCACCGUCAUCGUCCUCAUCGCCGCGUCUCUCUUCUUCCAAGUGCUCGCGGGGGCCCUCUUUGUCCACAUGGCGCGCAAAAACAUCAACGAUGUGGCCAAUCAGAGGAAGCUGGACAUGAUAAACAACGUGGCCACUGUGCUGGUGUUCCUCACCGUCAUCAUCAACAUCUUCAUCACCGCUUUUGGAGUGCAGAAGACAGGGUCCCAAUAAUGGCCAUCCUUCAAUCACGAAAAGACUUCCUUCUGGCUUCCAUAUUUGUUAUACUGUUGAAGACACAUAUAUUUAACGCUUUUUUAAAUUAUUUAUUUCUACAAAGGGCAUUAUAUUAAAGGGUCUACAACAUUCAUAAUGCACUGUCUAGUGAUUUAUAUUACCUAGAGGCAAAACUAUAAUCAAAUAACACUAAUUCAUCAUGUAAUAUGUAUUCUACACUUCAUGCUGUACCAGAUAAUAAACGUUUAUUAUAAAACACUUAA